UUUCCGUGGUGGUCGUGGGGAACCUUUGGGACGUGAUUGCAGAGCUGCAGGGCUGCUCUUUGCUCUUGGUGGUGGUUGGCCUUUAUUUUUUAAAUUCCUGUCAUCCUCGUAGCCAUGGAGACCAUGGUGGUACUCGACACCGUUGGAGUGGGAGACCUGGUACUGUUGGACCCAUUGACAGAAGAUACGUUGAUGCAGAACUUGAAAGAACGCUUCCAACAUAAGGAAAUCUAUACGUACAUUGGGAAUGUGGUGAUCUCAGUGAACCCGUACGAGCCACUGCCCAUUUAUUCAGAAGAGACCAUAGAGGAAUAUAAGAACUGUAACUUCUUCGCUGUAAAACCCCACAUCUACGCCAUAGCUGACGAUGCCUAUCGCUCACUGCGAGAUCAGGACAAAGACCAGUGUGUUCUUAUCACCGGCGAGAGCGGGGCUGGGAAAACAGAGGCUAGCAAGCUAAUCAUGUCAUACGUGGCAGCUGUAUGUGGAAAAGGGGAGCAAGUGAAUCGUGUCAAGGAACAGCUGCUGCAGUCAAACCCUGUGCUGGAAGCCUUUGGGAAUGCCAAAACCAUCCGCAAUGACAACUCCUCGCGAUUUGGAAAAUACAUGGAUAUUGAGUUUGACUUCAAGGGCGAUCCUUUGGGUGGUGUCAUCAGCAACUACCUGCUAGAGAAAUCCCGGGUAGUGCAUCAUGUAAAGGGCGAGAGAAACUUCCACAUCUUCUAUCAGCUCCUGUCUGGAGGCUCUGACCAGUUGCUCAAACAACUGAGGCUGGAGCGAAACUGCAGCCAUUAUGGCUACCUCAACAAGGAGGCCUCAAGCUUGCAGGGUAUGGAUGAUGCAGGGAACUUCAGAGUCAUUCAGGAUGCCAUGAAAGCCAUCGGCUUUUCCCCCUCAGAGGUGACAGCAGUGCUAGAGGUGACCGCCGUGGUCCUCAAACUGGGCAACGUGCAGCUGGGGGAGCAAUUUCAAGCCAGUGGAGCACAAUCUUGUGGAAUCCAGGAUGACAGAGUGGUACAGGAAAUCUGUCAGCUGAUCCAGCUGAAUGAAAAUAUACUGGAGCAGGCCUUGUGCACUCGCACAGUGGAGGCCCAUCAGGAGAAGGUGGUGACAACCUUGAGUGUCUCACAAGGUUACUACGUACGGGAUGCCCUAGCAAAGAACAUGUAUAACCGGCUGUUUAACUGGCUCGUUAACAGGAUCAACGAGAGUAUCAAAGUGGAAACAACUGAGCACAAGAAAGUGAUGGGUGUUCUGGAUAUUUAUGGCUUUGAGAUUUUUCAGAACAAUAGCUUUGAGCAGUUCAUUAUCAAUUACUGCAACGAGAAGCUCCAGCAGAUCUUCAUCCUGCUGACCCUGAAGGAGGAGCAAGAGGAGUACAUUCGGGAGGGCAUUACUUGGACCCCUGUGGACUUUUUUGAUAACAGCAUCAUCUGCAACUUGAUAGAGGAUAACAAAGGUGGGAUCCUGGCCAUGUUGGAUGAGGAGUGCCUACGCCCAGGGGCGGUGAACGAAGCCACAUUCCUAAAUAAACUCAACCACGUGUUUGAGAAACACCAGCGCUACGAGAGCAGAGUCACCCAGAACACCAAGCAUAUCAUGGAUGCUACCUUGUCUGCCAACUGCUUCCGUAUUAAUCACUAUGCUGGCAAGGUGACUUACAAUGUGGCGGGAUUCAUAGAAAAGAACAACGAUCUACUCUUUAGAGACCUGAUGCAAGCCAUGUGGAAGGCCAAGCAUGCGCUCAUGCGCAGCCUCUUUCCUGAAGGGGACCCCCAAAAAGCCUCACUCAAGCGUCCACCCACUGCUGGUUUCCAGUUCAAAGCCUCUGUGAUCACCCUCAUGAAGAACCUCUAUUCCAAGAACCCCAAUUAUAUCAGGUGCAUCAAGCCCAAUGACACCAAAAGGCAUGCUGUGUUCACAGAUGAGCUGGUUCGGACUCAGGUGCGUUACCUUGGCCUCUUGGAGAACGUGAGGGUCCGGCGGGCUGGCUAUGCCUAUCGGCAGGCUUAUGGCCCAUGUCUGGAGCGUUACAAGAUGCUCAGCAAGAACACCUGGCCACAGUGGAAAGGAAGCGCCAGGGAUGGUGUUCAAACCCUCUUGAGCAGCCUACCCAUUGAACCCAAGGAGCUGGCAUACGGGCACACUAAGAUCUUCAUCCGAACACCACGCACGCUUUUUGAUCUGGAGGCCAGACGCCACCAGCGACUACAGGAACUGGCUGCCAUGAUCCAAGCAGCCUUCCGGGCUUGGAAAUGCCGCAAGCGCUAUCAACAGAUGCGCCAGAGCCAGAUCCUGAUCUCUGCCUGGUUCCGGGGACAUGCGCAAAAGAAGAAAUAUGCAAAGAUGAAAUCGUCUGCUGUUCUUAUCCAGUCCAAUGUCCGAGGUUGGAAGUCUCGUAGGCUCCUACGGGAGCUGAAGGAACAGAGACGCCACACUCAGGCUGCCACUGUUAUUUCUGCUUACUGGAAAGGUUAUCAGACGCGGAAGGAAUACCAGAAGUAUUUCCGCUCUGGAGCCUCAAGGCGCAUCACCAGUUUUAUCUACCGCAGCCUGUUGCAGAAGUUUUUCUUGAGCCUGAAAAACAACCUCCCUUCUUUGAGAGUGACUGACCAAGCCUGGCCUCCCGCCCCGUACAAGUUUGUUGAGGAGACCAAUAAAGAGCUGAAGAAGAUUUUCCACCAUUGGAGGUGUAAGAAAUAUCGGGAUCAGCUGUCACCACAGAGAAAAGAAGCCUUACAGGAUAAGCUCUGUGCCAGUGAACUUUUCCGGGGCAAGAAAAGUCUGUACCCCAAGAGCGUCCCACAGCCUUUCCGAGCAGACUACCUGGGCCUGAAGGAGAACGCCAAAUAUCGGAAGCUCCAGCAGAUCACCGCCAAUGGUACGCUGGUGAUGGUUGACCAAGUGAGGAAAGUGAACCGAGGCAAUGGAAAGAUGUGCUCUCGAAUUUUCCUUCUCACCAAGGCCCACUUCAUCCUGGCCGAUGCCAAGGCUGUUGAGGCCAAAAAAGUGAUCACCCUGAGUGACAUCGCCAGUGUCUCUGUGAGCUGCUAUUCAGAUGGUUUUUUUGUCCUGCAUAUCAGAGAGUCUUCCACGGCAGGCACCAAAGGGGACUUACUGCUUAUGAGCGACCACCUGAUUGAACUGGUCACCCGGCUCCACCAGACUGUGCUGGAGGUUACAAGGCAAAAACUGAAACUCCAAGUGACCGAUGAGUUUUUGGUGAAGUUUAAACAAAGCUGCAUCACAGUCAAAAUGGUGGCGAAUGCUGAGAAGGCGGGUGCAGUGCCCAGUUGCAAGAAGAAAGGCAGCCAUAGAAUGGAGGUGCUAGUUAACUGAGGCGAAGCCGGACAGGAGGAUGAAGCUUGUCCAGAGGCAGCUGCAUUGGACUUCCGGGGGAGCCUGGAGUUGGGAAGCCAUGACUUGAUUUGGCCCACCUCUAGCUUCAGUCCAUCUCAUUCUCUCAUCUCACCAGAAUCUUUACCUCAGGGACGUCCAGAAACCAAUCAACACAUGCCAGUUUUCCUUCUGCUGAAGACCCUUGCAUUACUACAGACAUCUUCAGAAAUGGCCUCUUUGCUGUAGAAGCCGUAAGUGGAGAAUAUGGAGGGAGAGAGUCAAUAAAACGGCCAAAUGAAACGAAAAUGCCAUGUCUGCUUCAUUUCAAGCCUACAGAAUCUUCUAGAAUGCUAAACAAUCACGAGUCUGCCUUCUGCUGAGGGGUGUGCCCAUGCUGGUUGGGGAGUGCUGGGAAUUGCAGGGGUUUUUUCUCUGUCUAUACAUGCAGAG